UCCCAUAGUUUUGGGACACCUCUUCAGCCCCUGCGUACGUCAGAUCUGCUCGGAGUGAAUAAAAGGAGAUGGGGACUCCAAAAGAAGGGAGAGAAAGAACUCGUCGACUCACUGCCAAGUCUUGUGUUGGAUAGAGACUUAGUUUUUCACUCAGGAAAGAUUUUACUUCCAAAGAUUACUUAACUUCUGAAGAUGUGGAAAGUCUUUGUGAUUGUCUGUGUUACACUGGUGUCAGCCUCAUGUCCAAAGGACUGUCAAUGUCCCCCCGACAACCCCAGAUGUGCAGCUGGAGUCAGUCUCAUGCUGGAUGGAUGUGGAUGCUGUAAAGUUUGUGCACGGCAGCUCUUUGAAGACUGCAGCAAGACACAGCCGUGUGACCACACAAAGGGACUGGAGUGCAACUUUGGAGGGGGACAUGGCUCGUCUAAUGGCAUCUGUCGAGCAACCAAAUCAGAUGGAAGAACAUGUGAGUACAACAACAAGAUUUAUCAGAAUGGGGAAAUAUUCCGGCCAAACUGCAAACACCAGUGCACAUGCAUGGACGGUGCUGUUGGAUGUGUCUCCCUCUGCCCACAUCAGUUCACUCUGCCCAAAGUUGGCUGUGCCAAGCCCAAGCGGGUCAAGGUGCAGGGACAGUGCUGUGAACAACUCGUCUGCCCUGAGGAGACAAAGACAGAGAGCUCUGUGGUAAAGAAACACAGAAAAAAGCAUGACAAAAACAGACCGUCUGAAGACGACCUUACCAACAAGAAUGAGUUGGCUCCUGCGUGGAGAGGAGAUUCAAAUUCAUUACCUGCUUUCCGGAGUCACCCAACAAGCCACAUGUUGGUCAGAGGAGUCAAGUGUGUGUCUCAAACCACAGCUUGGUCACCGUGCUCCAAAUCCUGUGGCGCUGGAGUGUCCACCAGGAUGACCAACACUAACACUCGUUGCAAACUGGUGAAAGAGACUCGGAUCUGUGAAGUUCGACCAUGCAACCAAAAUACCAUUACCAGAUUAAAGAAAGGUCAGAAAUGUAACCACAUAGACAAGGCCAGACGUCCAGUUAAACUGUCCCACGCAGGCUGCCGUAGCCUAAAAAAGUUCCAACCGAGGUACUGCGGGUCCUGCUCUGAUGGCCAAUGCUGCAGGCCUCACCGAACCCAGACGUUACCUGUCCACUUCCGAUGCAAACAUGGAGAGAUCAUCAGCAGGAUGGUGAUGAUGAUUGAGUCUUGCAAAUGUAACUUAAACUGCGAUGGCAGCAAUGAAAAGACUCCUGCCCACUACGGACUUUUGAACGAAAUUCAUAAACUUAAAAUGUAAAGUUCUAACACAAGACCCCUUAAGUGUUGGCUGAUAACAAUAAAAAAAAAGUGCACGUUGAGGUUGCAGACAUCUGGAGGAUGAAUUUCUUGAACUGUAUUGUUCAUAAGUUUGCUUCAUAACAUUGGAGCCUUGAGGUUUGCUUCUUUGUGAAGCUGUCUUUUUAAUUGUGAAAAUUCUUAUUUUACUAGUUUAAAUUUUUAAUUGGUUUUAUACAUAUACAUAACAUAUUGACAA